ACUGAGAAUUUUCUGUUUUAAUUUAUUACCGUAGUUUGAUGUAAAAUCUUCUGAUCAUUUCUAUUUUAAUUUGAAAUAAAAAAUAUUACCAAAAAUUUAUAAAAAUGAUGCAAAUAACUAGUCCAGAUGCUACUGUUGCCUCGUCAUGUUCUGCUUAUAAUUGUAAUAAUAGAAUAGGUGAAAUUAUGGAAGGAGUAACUUUUCAUCGGUUUCCAUUAUCCAAGCCUGAACUUCUGUCAAAGUGGUUGUCUGCAAUGAGGAAAGACAAGUGGGUUCCGACUAAAAAGGAUGUUCUCUGCAGUUUUCAUUUCUCUGAUGAUCAGUUUGUAGAAAAUAAUGGAUAUCGAAUUUUGGUUCCAAAUGCUGUUCCUGCAAAAUUUGAAGUUUUGGCGCCCCCAAAGAAAUUGUUUCCAUCUGAAUGGCCUGCUCGUUUGCUUACAAUUCGUGAUAUUGAGAAUGAUAAUCGUAAAGGAUAUGUUGUUGAAGCUAGAAUUCCUCUUGCAACUAAAGAAGAAUUUGAAGAAUGGCUUAAAGCUCACGAAGUUAUGUCACAAGCGUCAUAUGUUCUCUUAAGAAAAUAUCCAACAACUACUAAAAAGUUGUCAUAUAAGGCUGAAUAUGUUUGUAUUAAUGGUCCUGCCCCUGACCGUCAUUCAAAGAAUGAGUCAGCUUGCCCUGCAAGAUUACUUGUUCGCAUUAGAGCUGAUCCCAAAUUCAGAUUUUCAAAGACUGCAGAUGAAGGUCAAGCUUCAGCAGUGAUUGGCUAUCCAUGCAACGUUGUUCUUUACCACUUGCACAACCACAGCAUUGGGUCCAAUUCCAUUGAAACAAAAACUGUGACUGCAGAGGAGAUAUCUACAGUAGUUAAGCAAAAGUUUAACGAGAUGUUUAAAGGGGGAUACACUCUAGAGCAGGCUCUGGAAACUCACAAAAGAGAUUUACUCGAAGAGUACACGGAUGAAUAUGAAGAGGUUUUGAAUGAUGCCUAUGUUUGUCCAACUAUGGAUUGGCUCACCAAUUUUCAUGCCAAUUUUCUGGAGGAGUUUGAUUGGAAUGAUACUAAAAUAGCAAACAUCCUGAAAGACGAGAUUGAUGAUAUCAAUGCAUCCAAAGGAAGCGCUACCAUGGUUACAAUGGAUGACAACAUAAUUGUAGUUUUGUCAACACCAUUGAUGCAGAGAGCUCAUUCCAUGAAAGCAUCGGGUGAAGUUGUGUUUGUAGACAAUUCGGGAUAUUUAGACAGGUGUAAGUGUUACGUUUAUGUCCUCACGGCUUAUAGCAUCACAGAAGGACUGCCCCUGGGCUUGGUCAUAACGACUUCUGAUUCUGAAGAAAUACUCUCAACUGGUUUUAAAUUACUUGCAGAAAUACUUCCAGAAAAGGCGUUCGGUUCUUUCGGCAGACAGGGACCAGAGGUGUUUUUGGCUGCCAAUAGCGAACCAUUACAGAACAGCUUAAAAAAGGUAUAUCCGGAAAGCGCUGUUUUAUUGUGUGCCUAUAAUAUGUCGCAAGAGUUAUGGCGGUGGCUUUGGAACCCCGAGAAUGGGAUUGAGGAGCAAGAUCGUUGCAUGCUGUUUUCGCUUGCAUACAAGGUUAUGCAAACUAAAACUGCUGAGGAGUUUAAUGAACGGACUAAUGCCAUAAUCAUGAAUGAAACAGCUCAGAAGUAUGAAAACUUCAGAUAUUAUUUUGAAGACAUUAAAAAUGUGAAUGACCAAUGGGCUGUCUGCUUCAAAAAUGAAAUUUUGGACAAAAAUAAAGAUAUUAGUAGCAUAGAAAUGGCAAGCCAUGUCUUAAAGGACAAAAUUUUUCUGACAAAAGCUUACAAUAUCUUACAGCUUUUAAAACAUUACACUGAUACCAUGGAAACGUACUAUCGGCAGAAAAUAAUUCAGUGCAUCAACAAUUCUUUGGAGAACUUCAUACUGUCGUCAUUCCAAGCUGAAAUGAGAGAAACUUCUGAUCUAACUGUUAAAAAUGUUCCAUCUGGACAGUAUGAGAUUAAGAAUGUGAAAAGUGAAAGAUCUUACUACGUCGAUAUGAAUAUGUGCGUUUGUUCAUGCACGCUUGGCUUGAACGGCGCACGCUGUAAACACAUGUAUGCUGUGUGCCUAUCGAAGAAAAGUGAUUUCAAAACUGCUGUUCCAAAUGAUGAUGUCAUCAAAAAAGAACUGUUUUGGAUUGCCACUGGUACAAUAAAAACUGGCUCAUUUGAUACUCAAAUGGAUGAUGAUAGUGACACAGAAAUGGCAUCACCAUCCAAAACGACUCUUGAUGACAAAGAAUUGCAGCAAAAAGAAGAUUCAAGAAAGAUUUUGGAAAGGGUCAUUAAGAACAUAAUGCAAAAGUACGAUUCAAACCCUGUCGAAUUUCAAAAAGCGAUCGUCACUGCUGCUGUAAAUUAUCAGAAUUUAAAUAAUGAAAGAGAGAUUCUGCUAGCGCUAAGGAAUUUUGGCAAACAAAACGUUUACAAAUAAUCUCUGCCUCAGUUAUAAUUCCAAGUUGUGUAUAUCAGUUAUAAAGUAUUUUUUGUUUUAUUUUUACUUUCUUUUCCCAGUACCAUGAGUCACUAAACUUAAGAAAGUCAGUAUAUUUUAAUUUAUGUAACUUGCUUCACGUUUCAUAAUGAAAGUUUUUAAUGUGGAUGCAUUAUGCAUAAUAAUUAGGUGUAUUUUAUAUUGGUUUGUACAAAAUUACUUAUCUGUUUUCUUCUGAUAAAAACAAUAAUAAUUACAGAGUGACUAAUUUUAAAUAUCACUCAGCAAAUUUUACUGUUUCCCCAUAAUUAUAUUUAACACCCUUUUAUAAAUUAAUUUGUAUGAAAGUUGACCAGCAUUUUCUCAAUGAAUAAACUAUAAGAGGGUGUUAACAAUUUGAAGGAAACAGAAUGCUUAACUUCUACAAGUUAAUUGCAGUAAAAUUAAAUUAGUAGAGUUUUAUAUUUUGACAAAAUUUCUAUUUCAUUAUUUAGCAGUGAUUAUAUAUUUUUCUUUCAUAACAAAAAAUCUAAAGAACUUUCUAAGAUUCAUCAUGAAAUAUAUUAAAGUAAAUAUUAACUGUUUCUAACUUAUGUGACAAUAAUUCUUUAAAAAAAUGGGUAAAAUAUCUGCUAUUUUCUUUAAAAUUAGGUGUUAUUUUAUACUCUUUUUACUUUGCAAAAUAGGACUUUUUGAGUUUAAUUUUUUCUUUUACAUUUGCAGGAUUUUCUUAUUUUUUGUUAUCCUGCAGAUUUAUCAUCUAGUUUUAAAAAUGUUGAUAAUGAAGUUCUAUUUUGAUUCCUGUGAUGAUCAAGGACUGACAAAAGUUGUAAAAGUUUUGGAGCCAGUUUCUAGAACUAUUGAGACUUAAUCGCAUUUGCAGAGAAGUAAAAAAACUAGCUUCUCAUAGAUGUGCUUUACUAUUUUUUAGUAAUCAUAUGUGUAUCUUUUCACAGUAAGAGAGUUAAAUAUUCAAUUAAAAAAUCAAAUUUUGCAAAAAUAAGGAAAUAAUCUUUUAAAUUGUAUUUCUCAUAAUUCAAUGAAAGAAACUUUGAGAUAAAAUUUAAAAACUGAUUAAUUUUUACUUUUUUCUCUCUAAUGAAUUCUAUUGCUUAUAAUAAAUGUGAACAUAGGUGUCCAUGUGUUAAAAAAGUAAGUUAGUCGCCAAGGGUAUGUUCUUUUCUAGUCACCUGGGCGACCUGGUGCUUGAGAUUUGUUGGUCCCUGAUGAUGAUAUAUCCAUUUGACUAUUGCAGAGCUUGGUGGGAGAAAAUCCUAAAUGACAUUUUUAAAAGAAUUCAGAUUGCUUAUAUUUCUCUUGGACUGCUUUAUUUAGUCGAGCCAUAAAUUAUUGAAUGUAGAUUCAUAGUGGCAACAAGCAGUUGAUGACAAUCGUAGAAAGCUUUUUAUUUUGGAAACAUAAUAAACCAAACGCUAAGAUACAAGCAGAUGAAAUGAGUGUUUGGGAUAGAGAUUUUUCUAAUUGGAAGCUUGCAAACAAGAAGUAAAUGAAAGGCAUUUUUAUUUCCACAAAUGCAAGAGUUACUUUAAAACUUAUUUCGAUAAAUACACAAAAAUGUCAUUUGGAACCUUCAUCCACUCUGAUCUUCAAUUUCUAAGUCAUAUUUUUAAUAUUUGUUAUCUUUUAUUCAUUUUUAAUAUCAAAUUUG